AUGAGAAUUUUCCAAACAACGAUUAUUCGCAAGAGGAAAUUGAUCACGCUAAUCGAUACAACAACAAGUUUAUCACUUUUGGAUAAUCUACAGAAUAUUUUAGAAGGCAAUGUAAAAGACUUGAACAUUGAGGAUUUGGCCGAAAAAGAAUUGUCACUUCCCCAUUCUAUUGUGCAUGCUGAUAUUCAUGAGAACAAUGUAUUAUUUACCAAAUCUCAAGAUAAUCAGGACAUGAUCAGUGGAGUAGUCGAUUGGGAUGACAGCCAAUAUGGCCCUCAAAUUCUAGAUUUCAUUAAGGGCUUUAUUUUUUGGUGUAUUUCAAAAAUUGUCACACCCGACGUGGACUAUAACGAAUUUGAUUUAUUUGAUGACGAUCUCAUUCGCAUCUAUAAAUCUACGUACGAACAUUAUAGAGGCUUUCCAAUCUCUGAAGAAGAAAAGAAUCUCAUGGUUCCAUAUUCACAUUUAAUCAUUUGCGCUCAAGUGGACUUUUUUAUGCAUGCACUAACUGCAGAAGAGCUGUUUGUUUUACCGAAUCAUAACUUGCAAGAAUGGGAAGAGAGAAAUUUUGAACCUUUUUGUGCCUUGACAUGGUUUAAUAGAAUUUGUCGAGAAUUGGUGAAGAAGAUUGAAUUAUUCCUAAAGUAA